AUGCUGCUUCCCCUUUCCCCUUCCCCCGCCUGCUGUUUUUUCCUUUUGACCAAAUUCAACGUAUUCAAUAGCCAAUCUAUUACUGAUCGGCUUUGUUCUCUCUCUCUACGCAGAAACAUUGCCCCUCUAUGCGUCUUCUACAAAGUGUAUUAUGCAGAGUGUUCUGAAGAGUUGAUUGAGUUAAUAUAUCUUGCCUCUUUUGAUCAUGGUACGAGCCGUAUAAACUUCAGAUUUCAUCUGCAUUACCUGAUGGCUGGAAGUCUUCUACGGCCCGGUUCACUAGGCAUUCUUCAUUUUUUCGCUAGCGAUCUGUGGCAUGGUCUUCCGGUGGAGGUCUUCCCAGGGCGAUACGACCUUCAUUUGUGUAAAAAAAGAGACCUUCCUUUAAAGGCCGUUAAAAUGGGUGUCAUGGACUAUGACUGCACUUAA